CGUAAUUACUUUUUUUGCUUACACUGUUUUUAAAAUCUCCUCAUGCAUGGACAGGUACAUAAUAUAGAAAAUAGGAGAGAUGCUUUGAAGAGGAGAGAGAAGAAAAAUCAUCCUGGUACCUGUGUUUAAAUUUUAUAAAUACCCUCUAUGGGAAUCUAGUUAUGCACACUUAAUCUGUCCGAUUCACCACUGAAAAAAGAUCUAAUGAGGAAGAAGAAUAUGAAGAUGAUGAUUAAUGUGCUCCAGACAUGCAUAUUCAUUUCUUUAGUUGUAGUUGUUUCUGCAAUUGAUGAAGACCGAAAGGUUUUUAUCGCUUACAUGGGAUUUCUACCUGAAGGUGAAUAUUCGGCUUCUUUGCAUCACCAUGAAAUCUUGAAAAAUAUUACCAAACCCAGGUUCGCAAGCAAAGCACUGAUAAGGAGUUACCAUAGAAGCUUCAAUGGAUUUGCUGCCUAUCUCUCCCAAGAAGAACAACAAAAGUUGGCUGGUUAUGAAGGGAUCGUCUCCGUAUUCCCAUGUCAAAAGUUGCACCUCCAGACAACGAGGUCUUGGGACUUCAUGGGAUUUCCAACAACAAUCGAACGCAGUCCCGUUGGUGAGAGCAACACGAUUAUUGGUGUCAUUGACAGUGGAAUAUGGCCAGAGUCGGAGAGCUUCAGUGAUGAAGGCCUCGGGCCAAUUCCCAAAAAGUGGAAAGGGGAGUGUCAGGGUGGGACAAAUUUCACUUGCAACAGGGAGAUUCUGUUAGGGACACGAAAGGGCAUGGAACUCAUGCUUCUUCUAUAG